GCGAAGCUUCGUAAGUUGUUAUCGUCGUCUAACUCUGGAAUUUUCCUGCUACCUUCGCAGAGAGAGAGAGAGAGAGAGGAGGAGAGAUCUCCGGUUUAUCUGGUCCGUUCGUCUCAUCCAUACAUCACGUCCGUUCAUCUCGCCGGUCGGUUGGAAUUCCGGCUCUGCAUGUAAUCACCCGCAAAACCGCUCAAAAAACCACCCAGUGCCGUGGGCCCAUCGGGACUACCGGCUGGUGUCAUCUCUCCUGCGUGACAGCAUGAGCUCUUCAUCUCCAUCAACGGGCAAGGACCCUGGCUCGUCGCCCUAUCACAGGUUCCGUGGCGACUUGGAGUGCGGCGCAUCCAACGGCAACUGUAGCGAUGACGACGAGGACACGUUCGACAUCCCGCCGAAGAAAGCCCCACUGGAGCGUCUCAAGAAAUGGAGGCAAGCAACACUUGUGUUAAAUGCGUCUCGUCGGUUCCGGUACACUUUGGACUUGAAAAAAGAACAAGAAAAGGAGCAAACAAGAAGGAAGAUUAGGGCACAUGCCCAUGUUAUACGAGCAGCAUUUCUUUUCAAGGAGGCUGGAGAAAAGCCUGUUCCUGGUGGUUCUGGAGGAUUGCCUGUAGCCCCCACUAGUGGUUAUGGGAUUGGACAAGAGCAACUUACUACAAUGACUAGGGAUCAAGACAUUUCUUCUCUACAAGAACAUGGAGGGGUUAAGGGGAUAGCUGAUUUGUUGAAAAUGAAUGUUGAGAAAGGAAUUGGUGGAGAAGAUGACGAAAUAGCUCAUCGGAGGAGUGUGUUUGGAGAGAACAGUUAUCCUCGAAAAAAAGGACGAAGUUUUUGGAUUUUCCUUUGGGAAGCCUGGCAAGACUUAACCCUUAUCAUCUUGAUGAUAGCGGCAGCUGCAUCAUUGGCAUUGGGCAUAAAGACAGAGGGCAUCAAAGAGGGAUGGUAUGAUGGGGGGAGCAUUGCUCUUGCUGUUAUUCUCGUUAUAGUUGUCACAGCUGUCAGUGAUUACAGACAGUCGCUUCAGUUUCAAAAUUUAAAUGAGGAGAAGCGAAAUAUACAGUUGGAGGUUAUUAGAGGUGGUCGAAGAAUUAAAAUUUCAAUAUUUGAUAUUGUUGUUGGUGAUGUUGUACCUCUGAAGAUUGGUGAUCAAGUCCCGGCAGACGGCAUUUUUAUUAGUGGCCACUCACUCUCUAUUGAUGAAUCUAGUAUGACCGGGGAGAGCAAGAUUGUCCACAAGGAUCAAAAGGCACCAUUUUUGAUGUCUGGAUGCAAGGUGGCUGAUGGUUAUGGCAAUAUGUUGGUAACUGGUGUCGGAAUAAAUACUGAAUGGGGAUUACUGAUGGCCAGCAUCUCAGAGGAUACUGGUGAAGAAACUCCAUUGCAGGUACGUCUAAAUGGUGUUGCAACUUUCAUCGGCAUAGUCGGGCUUGCUGUAGCUUUUUUUGUGCUUGCUGUUCUGUUGAUUAGAUACUUUACUGGACAUACCAACUCAGAUGGAACUGUCCAAAAAUUUAAAGCAAGGAAGACAAGUUUGGGUACUGCUGCUGAUGAGGCUAUAAAAAUCUUGACUAUUGCGGUCACUAUUGUGGUAGUUGCAGUGCCUGAAGGGCUCCCUCUAGCAGUGACCUUGACACUUGCAUACUCAAUGCGGAAGAUGAUGGCAGACAAGGCCCUGGUGAGGAGGCUUUCUGCUUGUGAAACUAUGGGCUCAGCUACUACAAUAUGCAGCGAUAAGACAGGAACUCUGACCUUGAAUCAGAUGACUGUUGUUGAGGCAUAUAUUAGUGGAAAAAGAAUCGAUCCAGUGGAUAAUACACGACUUUUAUCUUCUGAUGUGUCUUCUCUAUUAAUUGAAGGCAUUGCACAGAAUACUACAGGCAGUGUCUUUAUGCCUGAGGAUGGUGGAGCUGUAGAGGUGACAGGUUCACCAACUGAAAAGGCUAUCCUUUCUUUUGGGGUGAAGCUGGGGAUGAAGUUUGAUGAUGCAAGAUCUCGGGCUUCAGUUCUUCAAGUCUUCCCAUUCAACUCUGAGAAAAAGCGCGGUGGUGUUGCAUUAUUACUGGCAGAUUCUGUAGUUCAUAUACACUGGAAAGGGGCUGCUGAAAUAGUCUUAGCGUCUUGUACAAGCUGGCUUGACCUUAAUGGGUCAGUGCAACUAUUGGAUCAAGAUAAGGAAGAUGAAUUUAAGGAGGCUAUUGAAGACAUGGCAGCACGUAGCUUGCGCUGUGUUGCAUUCGCAUACAGAUUAUAUGACCUGGAUAAUGUUCCAAAGGAUGAAGAGGAACGGGAACAUUGGAAGUUGCCUGAGGAUGAGCUAAUUUUUCUUGCCAUUGUCGGUAUCAAGGAUCCAUGUCGGGAAGGUGUCAAGGAUGCUGUACGGCUUUGCACAAAUGCUGGUGUUAAGGUACGAAUGGUGACUGGAGAUAAUCUUCAGACAGCAAAGGCAAUAGCAUUGGAGUGUGGGAUACUCAAGUCAGAAGCUGAAGCUAUACAUCCAAUUCUCAUCGAGGGAAGAGUAUUCCGCUCUUUGUCCGAUUUCGAAAGAGAAGAAGUUGCUGAGAAUAUCUCUGUGAUGGGAAGGUCUUCUCCUAAUGACAAGCUUCUACUUGUAAAAGCAUUACGCAAACGAGGCCACGUAGUUGCCGUAACUGGAGAUGGCACUAAUGAUGCUCCUGCCUUGCACGAGGCAGAUAUAGGUCUUGCAAUGGGUAUUCAAGGAACUGAGGUCGCAAAAGAAAGCUCAGACAUCAUUAUCUUGGAUGAUAAUUUUUCUUCAGUUGUAAAGGUUGUCCGAUGGGGGCGUUCUGUAUAUGCAAAUAUUCAGAAAUUCAUCCAGUUUCAGCUCACGGUCAACGUUGCAGCCCUUGUCAUUAAUGUUGUUGCUGCAGUUUCUGCUGGAAGUGUUCCUUUAAAUGCAGUGCAGCUUCUCUGGGUUAACCUCAUCAUGGAUACUCUUGGAGCACUUGCAUUGGCUACCGAGCCACCGACAGAUCACCUUAUGCUUAGGCCUCCAGUCGGUAGAAGGGAACCACUCAUUACAAAUAUCAUGUGGAGGAAUUUACUUGUCCAGGCUCUAUAUCAAGUGGUGGUCCUUCUUGUUCUCAACUUUGCGGGCAGGAGCAUUCUGCAUCUGAAGAGCGGUGACCUAAUCCAUGAUAACAAAGUGAAAAAUACAGUCAUAUUCAAUGCAUUUGUCCUGUGCCAGAUUUUCAAUGAGUUCAAUGCUCGAAAGCCAGACGAAAUGAAUGCCUUUGAUGGUGUCACUAAAAAUCGCCUCUUUAUGGGGAUCAUUGGAUUCACUCUUUUACUUCAGGUUUUGAUCAUCCAGUUUCUUGGGAAGUUUACUAAGACCACCAAGCUCAGCUGGAAGCUGUGGCUUGUUUGCAUUGCUAUCGGUUUCAUAAGUUGGCCUCUAGCCAUUGUUGGGAAACUCAUACCAGUUCCCAAAACUCCCGUCAGUGAAUACUUCAGUCCAUUGAUCAGGUGUUUUCGUAGUUGUUUCAAGUGCCGAAGUCACCAGCGUGAAACUGAUGAUGGUCAGGAAAUUGGGAUACAGGAAGAUGCCAGGCAGUGAGACUGUCACCGGUACAGUCGCAUGCUAUUGUAGGUUAAAAAUGCAAAUUCUUCUCCAUACAAGAUGGGCGCAUCGAAGUCCUGUAAACACCAACUCAUUUAAAAGUUUUUUGGACCUGUAUAAUUUUUGUUUUCAGGUACUUGUUUAUGAAAGAAAUUACUUUUAUAUCCUAAUAACAUAGCAAAUCAUAUUGUAAAUGCUGAUGAAUUUCUCAAUAUCAAUCUGCAUGCAUUUGGAACUUUUGACA